AUGGGCGCUAGCGAGUCAAAGCCGUCUUCCAGCACGUCUCUGCAUCAGUGGACAGGGUCCGCGCCCGCAGGCGUAUCCCACGACCUCAUCGACUCCCUACAGACGAGCCGCGAGACCGAUGCUUCCCGCGCCCAGCUCUCUGAGCUUCAGGUUCAGGCUCGCGUCGCUGAGGAGCUGACGAAGCUCCAGGCCCGCGAGGCCGAGCACCUCAAGAAGACGUUUAGCGCCGAGGACGAGGCGCCCGCUCCCGAUGCCAGCGCGCGCAGCCGCCAGUCGGUCACGAAGGAGGUCGAGGCGCUGAGGGCUAAGCUCGAGGAGCGCCGAAAGGUGCGCGACUUGCCCGAGGGCGUUGAGAGCGCGCGGAGCGAGGUCGUGCGGUGCCUGCGGGAGAACGACCGUCGACCGCUGGACUGCUGGGAGGAGGUUGAGGCUUUCAAGCGCGAGGUGAAGAACUGGGAAAAGGGUUGGGUCGAGAAGGUCAUCUCUUGA